AUGGCAAGCAUGACCGCCGACGUAAAGCAUUGGGAAUCUGAGGCACUCUCGCUCAGGAGAGUCGCCUUCGUCGGUGUGGCCCUUUCCACCGUGGCCACACUUAUCUGCGUGAUCUCCGUGCCAAUGCUUUACAACUACAUGCAGCACAUGCAGUCGGUCAUGCAAAACGAGGUCGACUUCUGCAAAUCCCGCUCCGGAAACAUCUGGAGAGAAGUCACCCGUACUCAG